GCUCUCUCUUUUGCAUCUUCUUUUCUUCUACGCUACUUGUUUGGUUACAUUCGUUUUCCCCGGCGGAUCAAUCUCCUUCGCGAUUAUCACCAACAAAUUGCAGUUUCGAUCGGAAAUUAGCAGAGGCAACAACACCCAAUUCGGAAAGCAUUUACCAUGUUCAAGAUCCCUGAUCAUCAAGUCGCCGGUCACCAAGCCAGUGAUGGAUCGCUUGGUCCUCUAAUCGACGAUUCUGGGCGAUUCUACAAACCUCUUCAAAGCGAUGAUCGUGGAUCAAAUGAAAUGACAUUCUACACAUCAUUCUCCUCCAAUGGAAAAAUCCCAGAUCAUAUCCGCAAGUUCUUCCCUGUCUUCUAUGGCACUCAGGACUUACAGUCAUCAGAUGGGUCUGGUUUGCGUCCUCAUCUAGUUUUGGAAAAUCUUGUAUCUUCUCAUGUCAAUCCAUCUAUAAUGGAUGUCAAGAUAGGUGCUAGAACCUGGCCUCAUGAUUCAUCAGAGGAUUAUAUAGCGAAAUGCUUGAAGAAAGACAGAGAAACAACAACUGUUUCAUUGGGAUUUAGGGUUUCAGGAUUUCAUAUCUAUAAUGAUAAGAAAAUGGAAUUCUGGAAACCGGAUAGGAAAUGGGUCCUGAGAUUUUCUCAUGAUGAUGUAAGGGUAGUAUUGAGAAAGUUUGUUUCAUCCAAUGCUUCUGAAGAUCAAGAUCAAGAUUCAAGCCCUGAUUGUGCUUUGGCAUCGGUUGUGUACGGGGGUUCGACAGGGAUAUUGGCACAACUGUUGGAGCUGAAAGAAUGGUUUGAAGAUCAAAGUAUGUAUCAUUUUCAUUCUUGUUCUGUGAUUAUGAUGCAUAGUAAGGAAUUAGGUGCAGUAAUCAAGCUUGUUGAUUUUGCUCAUGUUUUGGAAGGAAAAGGUGUUAUUGAUCAUAACUUCUUAGGUGGAAUUUGCUCUUUGAUUAAGUUCAUCUCAGAUAUACUAAUCAGUCAAGAAGAAGAACAACAAUCAGCCAAACAUUCUAUAGAAUAAGACAAGAUCUGAUGAUCAUUGUAGCAGCGAACAGAAAUCUUAUAGUUUACUUUAACUUUUUCUAGACGAUUUUGAGAGCUUUACUUCAAAUAAUGAUAUGUAUUAUUAACACUUAUGUUUUCUUUGGUGGUCGGUUGGCUGAUCAUUUGAUGCUUGAUUGGGAUUCUA